AUGAGUUCCCCGGGCAACAGGGGGGCUGCUUCUCGCAGCACUCGCAAGCGUUCGCGCACCGGUGGUGACGAUGCUACUUCUUCUGUUGGUGUUGGAUCUAGCCCUAUGCCGUCUUCCCCUCCUGCGCCGUUUAGCAUCGCUCACGGUGUCGAAGACGACGACGAGAUUGAGGAGGAGCGCGAGAUCCAAGACGACAUUGACGACCUCGAUGAGAUGGCUGACGACGAUGUCGACCUUUUCCGCGAAGGAUACGAGGCCGAUUACAGAGAUAGAGAGGGCGAUGAGUACGAAGCCGUCGAUAUUGAUGAUGAAGGCGACUUUGAUGACAUGGACCUCGGUGCCCGACGUCGCCUCGAGGCACAGCUGAGCAAACGUGACCGCGAGGUUGCCCGCAGACAGCGCAUUCCUGCUGCUUUUCUGCCUGGCGAUGACGACGAUGGUGAUAUCGAUCUCACUGCUCAACCUCGCCGCAGACGCCAUCACUACGAUGAGGACCCUGACGAUGCUAUGGACGGCGACAUCAUGGAGGAAGAGCUCUCUCUCGAGGCUCUUGGCGACGUCAAGGCAGCAAACCUGACGGAGUGGGUUUCGCAAGCUGCCGUCCAGCGUACAAUUCGUCGCGAAUUCAAAGCUUUCCUUACCUCAUACACGGAUGCGUCCGGCUCCUCUGUCUACGGUAAUCGCAUCCGAACUCUCGGUGAGAUCAACGCAGAGUCCUUGGAGGUUUCCUACGAGCACCUAUCCGAGAGCAAGGCUAUCCUUGCAUACUUCUUGGCGAAUUCCCCAUCAGAGAUGCUCAAGCUCUUUGACGAGGUUGCCAUGGAUGUCGUCCUCUUACAUUACCCCGACUACGAGCGCAUUCACUCGGAGAUUCACGUACGCAUCUUUGACCUCCCCGUUCACUAUACCCUGCGCCAGCUCCGCCAAUCUCAUCUCAAUUGCCUUGUCCGUGUAAGUGGCGUCGUCACUCGCCGCUCUGGCGUCUUUCCACAGCUGAAGUAUGUCAAAUUUGACUGCACCAAGUGCGGUACUACCCUGGGACCGUUCCAGCAAGAAUCCAAUGUCGAGGUCAAGAUUACAUACUGCCAAAACUGCCAGUCACGAGGACCAUUCACGCUCAACUCGGAAAAGACUGUCUACCGUAACUACCAGAAGUUGACUCUCCAGGAGUCCCCUGGCACAGUCCCAGCUGGUCGCUUACCCCGUCAGCGAGAGGUUAUCCUUCUGUGGGAUCUGAUCGACAGGGCGAAGCCCGGUGAGGAGAUCGAGGUGACGGGCAUAUACCGCAACAACUACGAUGCCCAGCUUAACAACAGAAACGGGUUUCCUGUUUUUGCCACAAUUUUGGAAGCCAACAAUGUCGUCAAGUCACACGAUCAGCUGGCUGGGUUCCGUCUCACCGAGGAGGACGAGCAAGCCAUCCGCAAGCUCUCCCGCGAUCCCAAUAUUGUUGACAAGAUCAUCAAUUCUGUUGCGCCCAGCAUCUACGGCCACACCGAUGUGAAGACAGCGGUUGCUCUUUCACUUUUUGGCGGUGUUGCCAAGACUACCAAGGGCGCGCAUCACAUUCGCGGCGAUAUCAACGUCCUUCUUCUCGGUGAUCCCGGUACAGCAAAAUCGCAGGUUCUGAAGUACGCCGAGAAGACCGCCCACCGAGCCGUGUUUGCCACCGGUCAAGGAGCCAGUGCCGUCGGUUUGACGGCCAGUGUGCGUCGCGACCCACUGACGAGCGAGUGGACUCUGGAAGGUGGUGCGCUGGUGCUCGCCGAUCGCGGGACAUGUCUCAUUGAUGAGUUUGACAAGAUGAACGACCAAGACCGCACGUCCAUUCACGAGGCCAUGGAGCAGCAAACCAUCUCCAUCUCCAAGGCCGGCAUCGUCACGACGCUUCAAGCUCGCUGCGGCAUCAUCGCUGCGGCUAACCCCAUUGGCGGCCGCUACAAUUCGACUAUUCCCUUCUCCUCAAAUGUGCAGCUGACAGAACCCAUUCUGUCCCGUUUUGACGUACUCUGCGUCGUACGCGAUACUGUGGAACCUGCCGAAGAUGAGCGUCUCGCACGAUUUAUCGUCGGCUCGCACAGCCGUAGUCACCCUCUCGCUGAGGACCAGACCCAAGACACGCGCGCUGCUGCCGACGACGAGAGGGAGGAGGCCGAGCGUGCGCGCAAGGAGAACGAGAUACCCCAGCAGCUGCUGCGCAAGUACAUUCUGUAUGCGCGCGAGCGCUGCAGUCCCAAGCUGUACCACAUGGAUGAGGACAAGGUGGCACGCCUGUUUGCCGAUAUGAGACGAGAGUCGCUGGCGACGGGCGCCUACCCCAUUACUGUUCGUCACUUGGAGGCCAUUAUCCGCAUUAGCGAGGCGUUUUGCCGCAUGCGCCUAUCAGAGUACUGCUCCGCGCAAGACAUUGACCGCGCCAUUGCAGUGACGGUGGAGAGCUUUGUCGGCAGCCAAAAAGUCAGUUGCAAGAAAGCUCUGGCGCGAGCCUUCGCCAAGUAUACCCUGGCGCGGGAACCGCAGCGCAUGUCAUCGACUUCGUUCGGUGCGCAACGCUUGCAGCCCCUCCGCGAGAAUGAAAUUUACAGGUGGCGGUACGAAGACACAGAGUUGCCUGUCAUGGGAACGACUCUCGAGCCUGGUGCAGACCAUGAUGACGGCCCUGACCUCGGCAGCCACAGUCGCCGCAACUCAAAUCACGACAACCCACUCGGACUAUCUCAUCAGAGCAGCCAGUUCAAACUUCGCCGCGUGCCUGUAUCUUCCAAAGAAGACACCUCCGCUAGUCGGCGGUCAGUGCCGAGCCCGAGAACGCCAGCAACGGCGAGUGGGAUGCCCUCGCCGGACGACACGUUGGUAGAUGUAAACUCACCUCGAAGAGCUUCCCGAUGGAGCAGUCUCUGGGGUUUCAGCGCCAAGGGUCUUAGACGCAACAAGGGCAGCAGUGAGCCUCUAACGAUGAAUAUGCAGCCGAUAUCUGGAACAGACUGCCCUUCGAUAACCGAAGAGGGUGUCUACGACGUCAGUGCUUCCGAUUCUGAUUGUCCGAAACAAUGUUGCGCGACUAUGACGGCUGCUCUUGGCUCCAAGAUCAUUGAGCUGUCAUUUGUCACAGUUUACAUCACAUGCCUUGGCCAAAGUCUCACGCGCAGAGCCAUUGCUCGAGGGUCGCGAGGCAUCACACUGGCAGAAAUGUCGAUGCGAGAGUGGGUGAAUGAACCUGGAACCUUGCUCAUGAAUUCUCGCUCCAACAUCAAACAUUCGGGAUGCAGCUUGCUCGGGGUGUUGUCCCUACUUGCUGCACUUGUCGCUGCAUUCUACACGACAGCUUCCGAUGCAAUGGUCGCGCCGAAGCUAAAGUACGGGAAAUGGGAGAAUAAGACCCUAUCGGGCUACAUCCGCUCUUCGUACGCCAAUCCUAUAUUUGUCAAGCUAUCAUGUUCGACGAUGCUAAAGGACGAGGACAAGGAAGAAGCGGCGUCGUCGUGCAUGGACGUGAUGGUAUCGGGCGAGUCAUAUCGAAACUUGCAGGCUUUUAUGAGAGUCUGGACCAAUAUUAAUAUUAACGGCAGCACUUUGAUCCGGGACCUGAAAGAGAGACCGGCUGGAACAGCAUCCCUCCAUGGCAACACGACGUUGUUGGGAGCCUGGAUCGAGACAGAGCAUGGCAAUGUCACGGCGCAUUCUGAGGAAACGGGGCGCAUAAUCAAUAAUGUAACUUUGGCCAUGCCGCAUCCCGGCGUCGCUGCGGCAGCAACAUCCCCUCUGAACGGAAUCCUGCAACCAAAUGAUCUCUCUGGCGUCGGAGAAUAUUCCAUCAAGGCUGGUGUUGUCUCCCCCGCAGUCAAUGUCUUGUGCGUGAAUAUGAGCCCGAGCGAGCUUGCGCCACUCGUCUACACCGAGUGGCCACAUGCCAACAACAGUGCUACUGGCAUGGGAAAUCAGACCAUCGGAUGGAAGAACUGGACAAGCGAGGUGCCUGAUGGUCUGGAUAGCAAUGGAAACGAAAACUUUUUGAACAGAACAGAAGUAGAUGACAUCUUUCGUUGGGGGCCCAAGUAUAACAGAAGGCCACCAGUCUUCAAAUUGUUUCCAUUCGACUACAACACAGUCGUCAAUUCCCGGGAACCCCUCGGGAUUCAGCCUACAGAUGCGAUCUACAUCUUGGGUAAAAGACCAAAAUUUCAGAACUACACGCUAUGUGAGCUUCGAUCCUGGCUUUCACCAAACUGCUCAACACACUUCAACAUCUCCGGUAUCAGCGGCAGCAAGAUGGUAGCUCAUUGUGAGGAUCCCAACGAUAUCGAUAGCUAUCGCCGUUCGUUUCCGAAGGACCAAGGAUGGGCUUUGCCGGCCACAGAUUGGAAACACCUGGCUGAGCAAUGGCGCACGGCGUCUGAUUUGAAUGGUGGCGAGCGCAACAGCGAUCCUGCCAACUCUCGCAUUCUCACACAGCUGGCUCUCGUGGAGCCCAAGCUGCCUGUGCAUCUGCCUUCCAUGGCGGAAGCUCUCGCCGUCUUUGCCAGCUCAACGCUGGUCCUCGGCUCCGUUGGUACGCCUUUCCGCCAUUACUGGGACUACAACAAGCCAGGCAAUAUCGUGGGAGAGCCUGGUGCGAUCCAUCAGUUCAACGCAUCGGUAAUCACGCAACAGUACACGUCCGGGCAUGUUGCCAAUUGGCAGGGCAUGUUCUAUGUUAUCCUGGGCCUAAUGUGCGGCCUCAACGUGAUCUGCGCCGGGUACUUGCUCAAGAAUCGCAAGCUUGUGACAGAUUUUACCGAAGGGCACAAUCUGUUCUCGCUGGCGCUCAAUAGCGCGCCCAACGAGCGGCUCAAAGGCACCUGCGGCGGAGGGCCAGAGGUCUCAGAUAUGGAUGUGCCGUGGCGCGUGGGCUACGCCUCGGGCGCCAACCACUACUAUAUCGAGGAGACUACGCGUAGACCGCGGAGGAGAGGUCGUGGUGGACGAAAUUCAGAGGCGGAAGCGGCCAAAGUAGUCGGUCAAAACUAUACCACAUUGCGCAACAGUCGCGCAUGGCUCUGA